GCCGCUACCCAUCUCCACUCCUGGUUCAAGCGGCUCAACUCCUCUCGUCUCCUCUCUUGAAAGACUCUCAGCCAUGCAGUCCAGCUACAGCAUCUCCGGCGGGCCCAUCACGAUGAGCAGACAGAGCUACAGCUACUCAUCCAGAGCUGCGCCCAAAGCUCACAGCUUGUCCGGACUGAGCCUCAGAGGUCCUCGCAUCUCCUCUUCCAGCAUGCGCACUGUUUCAUCCGGGGUCGGCGGCGGCUACGGCGGCGGCUACGGUGGCGGCUUAGCCUCCUUCGACCUGUCCAAUGCCUUGGACCAGAACACCAUUCAGCUGAACGAGAAGGCCACCAUGCAGAACCUGAAUGAUCGUCUGGCCUCCUACCUGGAGAAGGUGCGCUCUCUGGAGGCUGCCAACGCCAAGCUGGAGAAGCAGAUCAGAGAGUACUACGAGCAGAAGGGGCCUGCGGCCGACAGGGACUACAGCAACUACUGGGCCAUUAUCAAUGACCUGAAGGACAAGAUCAUGGCCGCCACCAUCGGCAAUGCCAACAUCCUCCUCCAGAUUGACAACUCCAAACUGGCUGCUGAUGACUUCAGAACCAAGUUUGAGCAUGAGCUGAUGAUGCGGCAGUCUGUUGAAGCCGACAUUGCCAACCUGCGCCGCCUGCUUGACCAAACCACUCUGACUAAAGCCGACCUGGAGAUGCAGAUUGAGGGUCUUCAAGAUGAGCUGGCCUACCUCAAGAAGAACCAUGCAGAGGAGCUGGCAGCGAUGCGAUCACAGCUGUCCGGCACAGUCAAUGUGGAGGUUGACGCCGCACCCCAACAGGACCUCAACAAAGUCCUGGAGGAGAUCCGCGCCCAGUAUGAAAGUAUCACAGAUAAACAUCGCCGCGACCAGGAAGCCUGGUUUAAUGAGAAGUCGGCCGCCUUGACCAAGGAGGUGACCAUCAGCACAGAGACCAUCCAGACAUCCAAGACAGAAAUCGGGGACCUGAGACGUACACUGCAGGGCCUGGAGAUCGAGCUGCAGUCCCAACUCAGCAUGAAAGGGGCGCUGGAAAACACGUUGGCAGAGACAGAGGCUCGUUACAGCGCCAUGCUCGCCAGCUUCCAGAACACAAUCAACAUGCUCGAGGCAGAACUCGCCAACGUGCGCGCCAGCAUUGAGCAGCAGGGCCAGGACUACAGGAUGCUGCUGGACAUCAAGACCAGGCUGGAGCAGGAGAUUGCAACCUACAGGAGCCUACUGGACUCAGAGGAAUCCAGGCCAAUUGGUUCAGGGAGCAGCAAGACCACAGUCACGACCACCACUGUGCGCACUUCCAGCUAAAAGGCUAAAAGGGCCACCUGGCAGGACAACAAACGGUUGCAAACACACGCACACACACUGUCUAAUAAAAGCUGUUACACCUGAUAAGUGAAAUUAAAAAAGAACUGACAGAAAAUGCAAGUUGAAGGCUGGGCUUGAGACUGAGAGGAGACGGAAGGCUGCGUUAAAGUUCACGGCAUAGAAGAAAUGUCUGUAUGUGUGUGUUUGCAUGCGCCGUCUAAACAAUAAACCUGCUGGUGAAUACAA